UGGUCCGGGCUGCAUCUCCAGGAGCCACUCCCUCCCUGCACAUUUCUGCACUCAGCGUGCCCGCCAGCCCUGGCCAGACCCUGUGACGGUGACAGCCGGAGGCCUCAAGCACGGGCUGGGGCCCCCCACAGGCACAGACCGAGACUCACUGGCCAGCUCCUGAGGGCGGCCCACCCGAGAGGCCCCUCCAUCCCCAGCCCUGCUGCCCCGGCCCACCGGCCUCCCCAUGCCUGGCUGAGACGGUGGCCCCAGCUGUGCGUGCCUCCUCCUGUUCCUCUCCAAGACUGGCACUGGGCAGCCGACGGACACAGCCGCCAGCCCAAGCAGCAGCGGCAUGGGCAGCGCCAGCCCAGGCCUGAGCACCGCGCCCCCCAGCUGCCUGCUGCUGACCCCGGACGUGGCGCUGCGCUCGGCCCUGGGGAAAGUGGCAGGGCCCAGCAAAGGGGACUGGAGCCCCAGCCCACCCACCACACCUGAGCACGGCCUGUCCGCCCUCUACCUCUCCGACUUUGAUAUGCUCUACCCUGAGGACAGCACCUGGGUGGCCAAGGGCCCCGAGCCCAGCUCCCGGGAGGAGCCCCCCGAGGAGCCCGAGCAGUGCCCGGUCAUCGACAGCCAGGCCCCAGGGGGCAGCCUGGACCUGGCGCCGGGUGGGCUGGCAUUGGAGGAGCACUCGCUGGAGCAGGUGCAGUCCAUGGUGGUGGGCGAGGUGCUGAAGGAUAUCGAGACGGCCUGCAAGCUGCUCAACAUCGCUGCUGACCCCGUGGACUGGAGCCCCGGCAAUGUGCAGAAGUGGCUCCUGUGGACCGAGCAUCAGUACCGGCUGCCCUCCGUGGGCACCGCCUUCCAGGAGCUGGGGGGCAAGGAGCUGUGCACCCUGUCUGAGGAGCAGUUCCGCCAGCGCUCGCCCCUGGGUGGGGACGUGCUGCAUGCCCACCUGGACAUCUGGAAAUCAGCGGCUUGGAUGAAGGCGAGGACCUCGCCCGGGGCUGUCCACUGCUGCGCGUCCACCAGCGAGGACAGCUGGACCGAUAGCGAGGUGGACUCCUCCUGCUCGGGGCAGCCCAUCCACCUGUGGCAGUUCCUGCGGGAGCUGCUGCUCAAGCCUCACAGCUACGGCCGCCUCAUCCGCUGGCUCAACAAGGAGAAGGGCAUCUUUAAAAUCGAGGACUCGGCCCAGGUGGCCCGGCUGUGGGGCAUCCGCAAGAAUCGCCCCGCCAUGAACUACGACAAGCUGAGCCGCUCCAUCCGCCAGUAUUACAAGAAGGGGAUCAUCCGCAAGCCCGACAUCUCCCAGCGCCUGGUCUACCAGUUCGUGCACCCUGUCUGAGGCCCGCAGCCACCCUGGCCAUGCACUGGCUUGCCACCUUUGCCUCAGCCAGAUGCGGCUGGGCUUGGGGACCAAGGGCAGCCUGGGGUUAGGUCCCCAAGCACAAGGUCAGUGGGGGAGGCUCGCUGAGGCCAGGGCUACACAAGCUCCUGGGGCCCAGGCCUUUGCUGCUGACCCGUACAGGGCCCUGGUGGGCGUACGGGCUGCUCCCAGGAGAACAGCCCCCCCCACCUCAGAGUAGUGCCUGCGGAACAGCAGGGACACGGCCGUGGCCACAAAGAGUGGGGUGCCCUCUGUUCAACCCCUGCUGCUCACUGUGCCCCAGGCCUGCACGCGGCGAGGGGAUGCCUGCACCCGAGCCGGGAGCCAGGCAUGCUCUGGGAGCAGGGAACAAAGAUGUGAGCGAAUGGACAGGUUCCCCAGGGUCGCUGAGGGGGUGGGACAGCCUAGAGCCCAACAGUGGUCAAGUGGUCACAGAGGGUCAUGCGUGGUGGGUCACACACCUGUGACCCCAGCACUCUGGGAGGCUGAGACAGGAGGAGAGCAUGUUGAGCCCAGCUUGGGCCAAUUAGCAAUUUAGCAAGAUCCUGUUUCAAAAUAAAUUUUUUUAAAAAUGGAAAAAAAAAAAAA